AUGUCUAACGCUCAAUCCUUUGUGGACCAAAGAACAAUUGACUCACCAAUGGCAAAUGCCAUGACAACCAAGUUCUUGCAGGAGUUGAAAGCUGAAAAGAUACAGGAUGAAAGAUAUACCCGUGCCAUCACAAGAACACAUUCACGUUUCACAUCGUCAAUUACACCAAAUGAAGUUCUAGCGUUGCAAUUCCAUCCAUCGGGUGCUUAUUUGGCAUAUGGAAGAAUGGAUGGAUCGCUCACUGUCUGGGUCUUACAGGGCCAUUCAUUCAAUAAGGCUAAGAAUUGUUAUAUUCCAGAUGCAAAUGGGAACGAUAAAGUCAUCAAUGACUUAUCCUUCAAUCCAUCCGAACUGAAUGAAUUUGCUACUGUAAGCAAUUCCAAUGAAAUAUUCAUUUGGAACAUCCAGAAUGAUUCUUCCCCUACAGUGAAUAAAUUACGUACGCUAAGCCUACCUUCAAGUAAAGUGAAAGUUAAUAGAUGUGCAUACGAUCCAAGGGGUAUUUGGUUCUUUGCCGCCACCAAAUCAGAUUGUCUAUAUAUAUACAAUGUGAAAGAGGAACAUUCAAUGGUUGCGUCGUUACCUGUACACAGUAUAUCUGAUGAAAAUGAUACAAUAUAUUCCAUUUCAUGGGAUAACUCAGGGAAGUUUAUAUUUAUUGGGUUUAGAAGUGGGAAGUUAGCUUUGCUAGAGGUUUCUGAUGAUACUGGAGAAAUGACUUUUAAAUUGAUCGUGCAGGCUCAUAGAUCUGCCAUCUCUGUGAUAAAGAUGGAUCCUGUCGGGAGAUUUGUUAUAACCGGAAGUACGGAUGGAUCAUGUGCAUUAUGGGAUACUUCAACCUUAACUUGUUCUCUCAUUAUUGAUGAUAUGGAAGGUGCAGUGAUAUCCAUGGACGUGGACCAUUUGGGAAAGAUUCUUGCCGUUUGUUCCACGGAUGAUCUGGUAAGAUUCUAUAAUAUAAAUGAUGGAACUCUUUGGAAAACAGAAAAUAUGCAAAAAUUCAAUUCUGAGCUAGUCGUUAGAUUUUACCCCAGAAAAUCAUGGUUUAUACUUUCGGGGGAAAAUGAUACGCUAGAAAGCUAUUGUGGACCAGUAUCCAUAACAGAUCCAUUACUGCUCUGGAAGUCAGAUUAUGCUAAUAAAUUAUCUAGUUUAAACACACGUGGAAAUAAUAAGUCACAUCGGAAUUUAGAGCAUCCACACAGUGAUAUUAGUUCUCGUAGUAAAAGUGGGGGGAAUGGCUCCUCAAAUUCAAAGAGACCUUAUAAGCAAGAAAGAGAGAAAAUGAGGGAAAGAGAGCGAGACAGAAGCAGAGAUAGAUUUUCUGUACAGAAGCCACAGCAACGUAAUCUGCCAGGUAAACCUAGUAGAUUUAAUAUAUAA